CGACUCCAUUGGUGACCCAGAUGGCACCGCGCUAACAUCUCUCCUGCAGCGCAUCCUCGUUUGGCCUGGUCGUGAUUCCUGCAUAAAACUAGACUUUCGUGACAGUGUUGGGACAAAAUAAUUACAAUAGUUUAGGGCUUGUGUAUAAGUUUCUUUGCCGCCGAAUGGUUCGGACGAACGCGUUUAUUUAUAGAGAUCUGGUGCGCAUAAUCCUGUCAAAUAGCCAAAAAAAAAACACACAAAAAAAAACAAAAUCAAAUCAAAUAAAAAUAAAGAUAUUGUGUAUGGAUGGCGUCAAGUGAUCCAUUUCAUCCAACGUUUUUUCAUUUUCAAUCUGUUUAAAUUGGAUCGAUUCCGUUGAUUCGAAACAACUCGGCCAUUUCGUGAGCUCACGUAGCGCUUGUUCACUCGUGUUGAAGUAGCUGCUGUCGUCCGUUACCAGAUGGUCGGUUUGAUCAACGUCGGCUGGUCGAUCCUGACCGGCCUGUUGCUGUUCCAGUCAUCACCCCACUGCUUAGCGGCCGGCCGUCAAGAUGACCAGUCGCCGUUCAAAAGCGCUACCAUCGAAUACGAGCACUUCUUCAAUCACGGCACGACGGCCAAUCCGAAGAGCAACAGCCACAAGAUCAAGGAUCACCUCGGUAGUGGUAAACUGGAGAACGAAGUUCUCAAAUCUAAAGUGGAGGUGCUCGGUGAGGUGUUGAAGCACCGCGUCCAGGCCUUGCGCCACGUGCCCGGCCAGAAAGUCGAAUUAGUUUUUCUGGUCGAUUCAUCGGCCUCCGUCGGAGCUGAAAAUUUCUUCAACGAGCUGAAAUUCGUCAAGAAAUUGCUGGCGGAUUUCACCGUGUCGGCGGAAGCCGCGCGCGUUGCCGUUGUCACCUUCUCGUCGAAGAAUCGCGUCGUCCGUCACAUCGAUCACGUCAGUCCGUUCGGACUGACGGCACAUCGGGAGCUGGCCGCCAACGGUGCCGGUGAUCCGAGGCACAAAUGCCGACUGCUGGAACAAGAAUUGCCGGCCAUCGGCUACACUGGCGGUGGAACUUACACGCUGGGAGCUUUGCUAGAAGCCCAAUCGGUGCUGGACGGAGCUCGGCCUGAGGCCGUCAAGGCUGUCUUCCUCAUCACCGAUGGCUAUUCGAACGGCGGUGAUCCGCGUCCGGCCGCCAAGCGAUUGCGGGAGCAAGGUGUCCGAGUGUUCACGUUCGGCAUUCGCAACGGUAACGUUAAAGAGCUGUACGACAUGGCGUCCGAGCCGGCCCAAGAGCAUUCGUACAUCGUCGACAGCUUUGAGGAAUUCGAAGCUUUGGCCAGACGUGCCCUUCACGAAGAUUUGCAGACGGGCUCGUAUUUGCCGCAAGUCAAUCGAUCGGCCUGCGAUAAGCUUUGCAAGGACCAGUCGGAAUGUUGCCAUCCGUCAGCUGAAUGUACUUGUGGCACUCACACCGGACACUACGCCUGUCUCUGCCCUGCCGGCCAUUACGGAACUGGCCUCAAAGAUGAUUGUCACCCUUGCCCUGGUGGGACGUACCGAAGUGACGGCGGCCCAGGCGACUUGAAAUCCUGUCGACCGUGUCCCGAUGAGAAUCACAUCUCUCCGGCCGGCAGUACGUCAGCUGAUCAGUGCCAAUGCCCUCGUGGUUACAUACCUGAAGACGGUGGUCGAACAUGUCAACUGCUGGCCUGCCCGAAACUGGAACCGCCUGCCAACGGCUACUUCGUCAAACAAUCGUGCAACAGCGUUUUCAACGGAGCGUGCGGCAUCCGCUGCAACGGCGGCUACAAAUUGAUUGGAUCCAGUAUCCGAUUAUGUCAGGAGAACGGCACAUGGUCCGGCGAGGAGGCCGUCUGUCAAAUGCGCAGCUGUGGGCCGGUCCCGGCCCCGAAAAACGGACGGAUCGAGUGCACGUCUGACAGUUACAUCAUCGACAGCGAGUGCACGUUCAGCUGCGACGUCGGUUUCACGCUGGUUGGCUCCCGCAAGAGAGUCUGUCUACCCAUUGGCUAUUGGGAUGGUCUACCCGCCUUUUGCAAACCCGUGUUUUGUAAUCCACUUCCGAAAGUAAUGAACGGCACUUGGACGCCAUCCAAAUGCCCGCAGGCAAAGAUGCGCUACGGGGAGCAGUGCAACGCUACGUGCGCGACCGGCUUCGAGCUACGGGGACCGGAAGUCCGUCGUUGCUCCGAACAAGGGAGCUGGACAGAAGAAGAAGUGAAAACGCGUUGCGUAGAUGUGACUCCGCCGGAAAUUACGUGCCCGGCAGACGCGAAACUGGACGCGCUGGACGGGGAAAAUUUCGCCACCUAUUCCUGGGAGCCUCCUGUGGUAUCUGAUAAUUCGGGUACUCCACCGGACGUCAUCAGCGUCCCAGCCGUGACCGAGCAGCCGAUGCGCUUCCGGAUCGGAAACGCGACGGUGGCGUACAAAGCGCUCGAUCGGCGAGGCAACCAGGCGGAGUGCAGUUUCCAGGUGAUGGUGACGGACAGCCAACCACCGACAGUUGAUCAAUGCGAAUCGCCACCCACCUUCCUGUUGCGAGAUCGUAACACGAGCGUCGUCUGGGACGAGCCGGUAUUCAGUGAUAAUUCCGGCCGGCCGCCCACGGUCGACCGCUCUCACGAUCCGGGCCGGUUCCCGCUGGGUGAGAGCGAAGUCAUUUACACGGCCACCGACGAGUCGGGAAACAACAACACGUGCACUUUGAUCAUUCGCGUGCAAGAGCACGCCUGCCAUUUGCCCGUCGACCCCAUUCACGGACAGGCCAAUUGCUCUCAACAGCCGGACGCGGUUUAUUGUUCGCUGACGUGCCACGACGGCUACGCUUUCGCUAUGCCACCGCCACGCAAUUACUUUUGCGCCUACGACGGCCAAUGGUUGCCGGCUGAUAGUCCGCUUCCGUUCCCCGAUUGUUCCGUUACGACUCACUCGGAUGCGCUGAUCCAAGACGGCCUGUUGCGGCUGACCAACGUUGGCGACGGAUCGGAGGAGGACAAGAUAUGUCAGGAUCCUUUCCUCAUGAGUCAAAUGGAAGGGCAUUUCAAGCGCCGUCUGGCGGCCCGUCUCAACGAAAUCUGUGGCGAUAACAUGAUCUGUCAGGUGGACGAUCUUCAGGCAGAGUGUCGACAACUGGUGGCCGAAUCGGACGGCGCCGAAGACCAAGAACCCGUCACGGAUUCCAUGGAUUGGGAGCAAACCAAUGAAAUCACGAGGUCCAGACGCCGUCGGGUCGUCCGACGCAGUUUCAUUGACUGGUCUGAAAAAACACACAGAGUCAAACGGAACGCAACGAGCAGUGGCUUCAAUUCAGCCAAAGGCAAAUCGGGCAAGAGCAAAAAGAACAGCGGCACGACGUUAGAGUUGCGCUUCAAAGUCUUCAGUCGGUUUGCCCAGAAAUUGAAUGCGACGGACAGAACAUCGAGGACGAUACAGCCGUCAUCGUUGAAUUUAACGCAAGACAUGAUCCUCAGCGAAUUGAACCAGCUGCGCGCGAUGUUAACGGAAUCGGCUCUGUCGGGCGAGUUCAACGUCAACUACACGGCCGGCCAGCUGUUGAACGUGUUUGACGUCCAAUUCGAAGGCGACGUCGAUCGGCCCAAGUUCAGCUGUCCGGCGGGAAGCAUUCCCGUCAAAGCUGACAACUCCACCAACGAGUUCGCGCGUUGCGUUUACUGCCCGGUUGGGACUUUCUUCAACGUUGUCAACGAGGUGUGCGAGUCGUGCUCUCAAGGAUCCUAUCAGCCGGAAGAAGGCCAGCUGUCCUGUUUAGUAUGCCCAAACAACACAUCGACCAAAGUGGUCAACGCCAAACGUUCCGAUGACUGUCAAGCUCAAUGUUUGGCCGGUAGCUAUUCGCCGACCGGACUCGAACCGUGCAGCACCUGUCCGCAAGGAACCUACCAGACCGAGUAUUCGCAGCGGCAGUGUCUUCCUUGCCCGUCGGGCUCGACCACCUGGCGUCGAGGCUCUCGCCGACUCGAAGAUUGCAAAUUCGUUUGCGCUCGUGGUCUCGUUUCCGAAACCGGAUUAGCUCCGUGUUUCCCGUGUCCGGCUGGAUUCUAUCAACCACUUGACGGCCAGAAGUUCUGCAUCCGCUGCCCGCGGAGGGCGCCCUACACGCCUGGCAUCGCGGCUGUCAAUCGCAUCGAGUGCCUCCGGGUCAGACCGAGUAUGGACGGCAAUGACGUGAACGGGACGGAAGAGCUUCCGGAAGCUGAAACGACUGAAGAAUUCGAACAGGCCACUCUCCUGGAAGUCAACGAGUGUUUCUCUUUGCCUUGUCAAAAUGGCGGCCAAUGCCGGACGUUGGACUUUGGCUAUGUGUGCGACUGUCCGGCCGGCUACACUGGAAUGCAAUGUCAGACGGACGUCGACGAGUGUUCCUCUUCGCCCUGCCUGAACGGCGCCACUUGCCUGGACGGAGUGGACAGUUUUCAGUGCCAAUGCCCGACCGGUUUCACCGGUGAUUUGUGUCAAACGGACAUUGACGAGUGUUUAAGUGGGCCGUGUCACGAAGGCGCCACUUGCGUGGACAAAACCAUGGGCUACAUUUGCGUCUGUCCGCCGGGCAUGGCCGGCCCUCGUUGCGAAUUAGACGUGGACGAGUGUCUGAGUGGCCCGUGUCAAAACGGUGGCACUUGCUACGAUCGUUUGGCCAAUUACACAUGCGUCUGCCAUCCGGGCUGGGCCGGCAAAUUGUGCGAACAGGCCGUGGACGAGUGUCUAAGUCAGCCGUGUUUAAACGGCGCCACGUGCGAAGACCUUGUCGGCCAUUUUAUCUGCCACUGUCCGACUGGAUACGAUGGCCUGCUGUGCGACAACGACGUCGACGAAUGCCAGCCGGAACCGUGCGCUUCCGGAAGUACGUGCAUCAAUCGUUUGGGAUCUUUCGCGUGCUCCUGCCCGCCCGGUGUUGUCGGAUCAACGUGCGACACCACCGUCAAUCCCGAAUUCAGCCUGGAAUUCACGAGCGCUGGCAAACUGGACUACGCCGUUUGGGAGGGCGGUUUGCGAACGCACUCCAAACCGCUCGGCCAGCUGAGCUUGUGCGCCUGGAUCAAGACGACGGAUCAGCAGAACUACGGCACCGUCUUCUCUUACGCAACGGACGAAGAAGCCAAUUCUUUGACCCUUACCGAUUAUUCCGGAUUCGUCCUUUACGUCAACGGCGCCAAAGUCGUGACCGACGUGACGGCCAACGACGGACGAUGGCAUUUGAUUUGCGCCACUUGGUCAUCGUCACCCGACGGACAUUGGCGCAUUUACUCCGAUGGCGAGCUCAAAGACAGCGGGUUCGGAUUAGCCACUAAUUCGACCGUCCCGCCAGAUGGCACUGUCAUCCUCGGUCAAGAGCAGGACGUCCGUUCCGGCGGGUUCAGCAACGCCGAGUCGUUCGUCGGCCUCCUGUACGGCGUCGAAUUGUGGGACUCGGUUCUGGAUGACCAACAAAUCGACGGCCUGACCCUCUCCUGCCAUCCCUCAGGCAGCGAUUCCAGCGAGCACAAGGGGAAUUUAAUUACCUGGGCCGAUUUCAAACACGGAUUGCGAGGUGGCAUUCGCGUGGAGGAAUCGCUGUUUUGCCGCGGAUGCUCCGACCCGAUUCCGCCGCGUCACGGUGCAGUUAGUGUCCAAGGCAACGAGGCAGUUUACGUCUGCGAGCAAGGCUACGUCCUCACCACACCAACACCGCGCCGGCCUUGCCUCGUUCACGGCGGAUGGUCCGGUCCCGAUCCGGAUUGUCAACGGGUCAGUUGCGUUCCUGGGUACAUUCUGAACGGGUUAGUCAACGGAACGAACUACGUCUACGGCAACACGGUGUCCUAUAAUUGCACGAGAGGGUUCAGGUUGUCCGGCAGUGGGUUGCGCACCUGCGAAGGAGACGGCCAGUGGAGCGGCUCUCCACCCGAGUGCAUUCCAGUCACCUGCGAGCCGCCCACGGCACCGGUUAAUGGUUCGCAGAUCGAGCCAGUUGCCCAGGAUGUUUACGCCGUUGGGGACAAGGUGUCUUUCCAAUGCGCGGCCGGCUUCCGGCUGGACGGGUCGUAUUCUUUAACGUGCCAAGACGAAGGGCAAUGGGACGACGUCCUGCCUGUUUGCCAGCCGUUGGCUUGCAGCCGUCCGCCUUACGUCGAGCACGGCAUCGUCACGAACGGAGUGGCCGAAAUCCUACCCGAAGAUCUGCCCCACUUCCUCGUGCCAGGAUCCAUCUUGACAUUUAGCUGUUUGUUCGGGUAUCAACUGGAAUCGUCAGCCGAGGUGCAAUGCAGUCACGACGGCUAUUGGAUCGGCAAAAUUCCGAAAUGCGUGCCGAUCGAAUGUGGAACACCACCGGAGAUAUCCUACGCCAAUGUCCAACUUUCUCGUCCCAAUAACAACCGGGUCGGUUCCAUGGCUUCUUACGUCUGCCAGCCGGGCUAUGAACACUACGGCCCCACCGAGCUCGAAUGCACAGAGAGUGGCACUUGGCUGGACCGUACUAAACAAGCCACCUUGCCCGUCUGUAUGGUGGUCGACUGCGGUCCGUUGCCGACCAUCAACAAUGGCGCUGUUUACGCCGAAGAGCAGACCUUCGGAAGCAAAGCUCCAGUUACUUGUUACUCCGGCUACAAAUUAAUUGGUCCUUCUAGCUGGAUCGAAUGCGGCGCCGACUAUCGAUGGACCAUUCCGCCUCAAUGUUUGGCCGUCGCUUGCGCUGAAGCGCCGCCCGUUCGUAAUGGUAGCCAAUCGGUUGCGGGGCCGUUCGUUGCUGGAGAAGAGGUGCGUUACGCAUGCCAGGAUGGAUUCCGCUCGUCCGCCAGUUUAUCGGACGUGCUGACGUGCCUAGAAGACGGCUCGUGGAUGGGCACCGUUCCAGAAUGUUUACCCGAACAAUGCCCGUCUCCGGAUUCAAUUGAUAACGGCUCUUGGGUGUACACGUCCGCUGUCGAAGGUGAAACUGUCAACUACGACGAUCAAACUGUUUUUUACACGGGCGCCGAAGUGCUUUACUCUUGUAGAAAUGGAUACGUCCUGGAAGGUGGAUCGCGUCGAAGAUGCGCCGGAUUGGUCGGUUGGCUGCCUCAGGGGCUACCCUCCUGCUAUAAUCAGGGGUCACUUUCGGGAAUCACUUGCCCCGCUCUGGACAAUCCAGACCAUGGAACGAUUGUGGUCGAGAGUUUCGAACCGGGUAAACUCGCCCACUUCGAAUGCGACACGGGUUUUCAAGCCAGCGCGACUGGUGGACCAGCAGAUUUGGUUUGCAACUCGGAUGGAACUUGGAGCGUUAACAACGCGGAGUCGGAUGUGAGGCAACCCUUCCGGUGCGAGGAAGUCAAUUGCGGUGAACCCGAAGAGCCCGUCAAUGGAUCCGUCACUUUCACGUCCACUAAUUUCGGUUCGAAAGCUCUUUUUCGCUGCGAUCAAGGGUUCGUUCUCAGCGGAUCGCAGCAGAGGACGUGCGGCAGCGAAGGCAGCUGGAUCGGCGGUUCUCAGCCUCGUUGCCUUGCCCGCACUUGCUCCAUGCCGGACAUCAUCGAACACGGAUACAUUGGCUUCGAAGUGGGCGGGUCAGCCACCAGCCUCAACACCGGAUCUGUUAUCCUCUACGACUGCGAGGAGGGAUAUCAAUUGGUGGGUGUACGCGAACGUUCCUGCUUGCCCACCGGUGAUUGGACCGAUGAAGAGCCGUCGUGUCAUCAGAUUCUCUGCAAUCGUUUGUCCGGCGUGCUGGAACACGGUACGGCGACGGGAGCCGAAGAACAUGCCUACGGUUCAGUUGUCCAGUUUGCUUGCGAUCCAGGAUAUGAACUGGACGGGCCGGAACGAUUGACCUGCGAAGACGACGAGAACUGGAACGGCAUUCCGCCAACUUGCCGGGCGGUGGAGUGCCCCAAUCCGGGCCUAGUUGCCAACGUCAUCGUCUCUUUACAGCAGUCGAAUGCUGAACUCGACGCGGAAGUUUAUCAUUUCGGAGAUGUUUUGGUGUACACCUGUCGAAAAGGCUACGCAGUUACAAAACCGACCAACGGUGGCGCUGCUGUCGAAAGGCGCUGUUUGGCUGACGGUUCCUGGUCUUCGAAACCCCCUGUCUGCUCAAGAGUUGUCUGCCCAGUGGCUACCAUUCCUCAGAACGGAUUCACCUCACGUCCCGUUCCAAGUGAAAUGGGUCCCGUCAACGAGACGGAACAGGGGGCCUUAGUAGGUGAAAUCAUUCAAUACGGUUGCAAGAAAGGCUAUCAGUUGGCCAAAGAUGGGCCUAAAUCGGCCAAGUGUCUGGAGACGGGCAAGUGGAACGUUUCGGAGCCGCCUACUUGCCAGCUGGUGCGGUGUUCUCAACCACCGGCCAUCACAAAUGCGAAACUGGACGGCAACGAAAAGAAAGAGUAUUCGUAUCUGGAUCAUGUGGAGUACGUCUGCGAUUUCGGAUUCCGGAUGACAGGCGAAGGUCGACUCGCUUGCAGUUCCCUGGGAGAUUGGGGAGAUCAAAUACCGACUUGCAUCCGAGCCGUUUGUCCGACUGUUGACGUACCGGAAGACGUCAUCGCCACACCCGUUUAUCCAGCGCCGGAUGAAUUGAAAACGAGCCGCCAACCGAGUCCGUUCGCCAUUCAAUUCGCCUGCCAGCAUGGACACGAUUUAGUGGGUAGUGCGUUGAGUGAAUGCACGUCGACGGGAGAAUGGAAUCAUCCACCUCCGGCCUGCGUUCCAUGGCCGUGCAAAUCUCCUCCAGUUGCCUUGAACGGCCAAAUCCAAUCAACGGAAAUUCGGCCGGAUAUGAUCGUCGCCCACGUACGCUGUGACCCGGGCUACCAGUUGGUCGGCACUGAUUUGACAUGUGGGCCAUCUGGCGUCUGGAAAGGAAAGCCCCAAUGUCAGCCGCAACUGUGCGUCCUUCCGAAGCAACUCAAAAUGGAAUUAGAAUUGUCUGUCGGAUUGAUCUUUAGCGAGCCAUUAAAAGACACGUACAGGUACAGUGAACAAAUCCAAUUCGGCUGCCAGACGGGAUACACGCUCGACGAAUCGCAAACGUCCACGUUUUCCUGCCGUGAAAACGGAGAAUGGGACGAGCAAAAAAUUCCAACUUGCAGCCCAAUCCAUUGUUCCGAUGUCCAGAUUCCGCAGCAUGGAUCUGUUAGCGAAACGAGUUCGCUGCUUGAUAGCCGCAUCACGUUCGGCUGCCAUGAAGGAUAUCAACUGGAAGGAGAAGAACAAAUCACUUGUCUUCCUGACGGCACUUGGUCCAAUUCAAUGCCCGUGUGCGUCGCUCGAUCAUGCGGGGAGCCUCCGAGCAUCGAGAACGGUUGGAUGGCCGUCCGCGGGACUGGAGUCAACGACACGGUCUCAUAUUCUUGCCAGCCUGGAUAUCGCCUGUCUGGCGGUGAUUCUAGAACAUGUUUGAGCAAUGGUUUGUGGUCAGGGGAAGAUCUGGCGUGCGAUCCGGUUGUUUGUCCAGUACCUAAAGCGCCGGAGCAUGGAACUUGGACGGUCGGUGGAUUUAUUCCGGGCUCUACGAUUCGUUUUGAAUGUUUACCAGGUUUUACGCUAAUCGGUUCUGCAACGAUCACCUGCCUGACGGACAAAUCGUGGAGCGAUCAACCGCCUAGUUGCCAACAGAUUACAUGCCCGUCUCUGAGAGACCCGGAUCAUGGAACUGUCCAGUUGACUCGUUGGCUUUCAGACAAUCAAGAAAUGAACAACGAAAUCAACCAACGACUAACUGCUGGUUAUCGUUCGACGGCCCACUAUACAUGUGACCGUGGAUACCAGCUGUUCGGUCCAGAGCAACGCAUAUGCACAGAGCAAGGGAAAUGGAGCGAGAGGGGUCCACAAUGUCAAAGAGUCUGGUGCCCCGAACCUCAAGCACCGACACAAGGAUUCGUGAUGGGAACUGGGCGCCAGUUUGGAGAUCGGGUUCGUUAUGCUUGCAGUGCAGGUUAUCGGUUAAUCGGUGCCGAUGACUCUACUUGUCUGGCCGAUGGAAUCUGGUCGGCUCUGUCACCGCAAUGUGAAGCCCUGACUUGCGACGCACCUCUUCCCGCCGUUCACCACACGAUGAAUAUCACGGCCGAAAAACGAGUCACUGGAACUCAGCUGGUACUCCGUUGUCAAGAAGGGUACACGCCGGUCGGUGAUUUGACGUUUCAAUGUCUACCCAAUCAGCAGUGGUCCACAGUUAAGGGCCAUUGCAAAAGAGUGCACUGUAGUCGCCCACUUGUCAAAGGCACUACCUCAAUGGCGGUCAUCAGUGGAUCGGGAACCGUGGCAACAGGUGGACAGUUUCAUUUUGGGGAUCGAAUCCUCGUCAGUUGUCAGCACGGUCGGGCUCAAAAAACGAAUAGCGCUAUAUUAGUUUGUCAGGCAGAUGGCCUAUGGUCUGGUUCGCCGCCGGUUUGUGACGCCCACUGCGAUGCAAUUUGCUUUAACGGCGGUUCGUGUAAGACAAACAGUCGGAAAUGUUCUUGUCCUCCCGGAUACAGCGGAGAUCGUUGUCAACACGCUCAUUGCAUUCUGCCUUGCUUGCAUGGAGGCACGUGCAUUGCGCCCUAUCGUUGUGCAUGCCGGGCUGGACGCACCGGAGAACGAUGCCAAACGCCUGUCUGUGACCAGCCGUGCUUGAAUGGUGGCCGCUGCGUCUCACCUAACAUUUGCCAGUGUCCCCAUGGAACCGUAGGUCCUACAUGUCGUAAACGCAGUGAUAUGUUAUUCUCUUCACGAGGCUAAAGCGUAACUGCUCUCUAAUUGGUCUUCCCAAUCAUCAAGCUUCCUUGUUUCGUGGCAAAUAUUAGCCGUAGAUCGAAUGUAGAAAAGUUAUUUGUUGCGUUUAACUAUAAUACCUGUCAUCUGAAUUAAAACCGUUUCUCAUCAAGAUACUAUAAUAUUAUAAAAUACACAAAAUAUAGUACA